CGCGUCGCGACUAAUCGAUCACUAAUUUAACAUCUAAACCAUUUAACUGUCUUAAAAAAAAGCUCUAGUUGUGUUACUUUAUCACACAACCGCGUUAUAUUGCGUGUUUUGCUAAAGAGCAAAUAUUUGAUACUAUUGUGUGGAUACACGAUCUGUGUUUGUGUUUUUUUUUUAGCUUACGUCAAAUAGAAAUUGUUGUCGAUCGGGUUUAUGAACGUAACUGGAAUGUUCGGCAAGUUUUUAUUAGUUUGGAGGUGAACAUGUCUCUAAGAGAGUUGAAAGUAUGCCUGCUUGGGGAAACGGGGGUUGGAAAGUCAAGUAUCGUGUGGAGGUUUGUGGAGGAUAGUUUUGACCCUAACAUUAAUCCCACGAUUGGAGCAUCGUUUAUGACCAAGACUGUGCAGUACCAAAAUGAGCUUCACAAAUACCUUAUUUGGGACACAGCAGGACAAGAAAGGUUUCGCGCCCUUGCUCCUAUGUACUACAGAGGCUCUGCGGCGGCGAUCAUAGUGUAUGACAUCACUAAAGAGGAAUCAUUUCAGACUUUAAAGAACUGGGUGAAGGAACUUCGCCAGCACGGACCACCCAACAUAGUUGUUGCCAUUGCUGGCAAUAAAUGCGAUCUCUCAGAUGCCAGAGAGGUGACAGAGAAAGACGCCAAGGACUACGCUGACUCUAUUCAUGCCAUAUUUGUUGAAACCAGUGCCAAAAAUUCCAUUAACAUCAAUGAGAUCUUUAUUCAGAUAAGUCAAAGGAUCCCAGUUAUAGAUGGCGAAGGUUCUUCUGCGGUCAAGGGCUUCAAACUAAGACGCCAACCCGCAGAGUCGACCAGAGAGCGCACUUGUUGCUGACGUGGUCGUAAACGAUCCGGCCAAACCUUCAUCGACCCCUCAUUUUCCAUUAUUAACAAAGAAAAGUAGCAAAGGAUGAAUGUGAUGUCAUGGAGGAAGUUACGUAAUGUCCCUUUGAAGCCAACAAAAGAAGUUCGGUUAGGAUAUGCAAUUAGAUUUAUUCUCCCAGAUGCAGAGAAGGGAAAAGGCCUUCCUACACUUGUUGAACCUUAUCUUAUUCCUCUGCCCUGUUCAGAUGUCCCAAGGGAUCGAUUUCGGUUGUAGAUCGCUGCCCAGAAUGAGAUGGCAACAAAAACACCUGCUGAACGGAUCAGAUACUGUGCUGUCUUGCUUUCGCGCUCUCUCUUUCUCUUGUUCUUGUGCAAAUACUCUGAAAUGUGUGUCCUGCAAAGCCACUGUCUGCCUAUCUGCAUAUUUACAUUUUAGCAUUUGGUCCAAAUGCAAGCAUUCUUGUCUUCAUAUUUUUGCACUUCAUCGAUAAUAUAUAUUGUAUUUUUAUACAUAUAUAAAAGUGGUGACUCUCACAAAACCUGGUCACUCUAAAAUAACCCAAAAUCAAAGAAAAAGUGUUCAAUAUCACUAUAAUUUACACUUUAAAAGUGAAAGAAAAAUGAAGAUUAGUGGUAAUACUCCAAUACAUUGAGAUAAAUUAGCAGGAAAGCCUAAAAUUUUAUUUUAUAAUGAAAUGUGUAAAUAUAAGGCAUAUAUCAAAUUAAACAUAACAGUUUAACCUAUUUCUUAGUUAAUGGAUUGGUGGGACAGGUUUAGUCACUUAACAUUUGCAUAUUAACAUGUUUGCAUGUCAAUAUAGCAAUAGUGACAAUUUUACUUCAGUUUUAGAUGCCAUAUUACAGCCUGUUACUGGACUGUGUAGUUGAAAAAGACUUUUAUGUUUGCACUUAAAUGCAUUACAUUGGCUCACCAUUGUUACUGCUUGAAUUGCAUAUAUUAAGGGCAUUAAAGGGACAUUCCACUUUUUUUGAAAGUUUGCUCAUUUUCCAGCUCCCCUAGAGUUAAACAUUUGAUUCUUACCGUUUUGAUAUUACGCACUGCCCGAAAAAAGUCCCCUGCUAUUAAAAGUAACAAAGGGGACUAUUUUCGGGCAGUGAGUAAUAUCACUACACACUACAUCAGCAAAGUCACUGAUUAUUACGCCAGUUUGAGAGUAUAGUUCUUAGCCAUAUCUCCUAGUAAAAUCGCAGUUUUUAAUUUUCCGUCGGUCUUCAUACACAAUGUAACUACAGAAGAGUCAAGUUUUAAAUAGGAAAAAUAUUGAAACUCUUUGGUUAUUUUUUAGCACGAUGCUAAUGGUCUAAUCGGAUUCAAUGAAUUGUGCUAUGCUAAAAGUGCUAGCUCCAGACGCGGAGAUCAGCUGAAUGGAUUUCAAAAUGGUAAGAAUCAAAUGUUUAACUCUAGGGGAGCUAGAAAAUGAGCACAUUUUCAAAAAAAAGUGGAAUGUCCCUUUAACCUCCUAAGACCUGGAUGUCCACAUAUGUGGACAUGACAUUUUUUUGAUGUUUGCACCAUAAUACUUAAUUCUGUGUAGCUGGAACCUAUUUUACACAAACGUGGACAAUACACUGCUUCAUGUUCUCCGAAAACAAUUUGGUUAUUAUAUUUGUUGGUUCUUCCUAACCCCAAAAUAGUCUUAGGAGGUUAGCACUUCGUGAAAGUUGCCCAAACUUCUUGAUCGUUGAAACGUAGAGGUUUUAAAGUGUUAGAUAUGAUAACUCUUCCAACUGCUUACAUGUUUUCUGUUUUAGUAGUUUAAGGGAGUUGAAUGCCAGAAAUCUGGUAACACAUUUUUUACGUCUGAAUGUUUCUGAGAUUACCGUUUAACCAUUUGUGUUAGUUGGCAACAGGUCCGUUCAGAUCCCUUGCCAUUCUUAUAUGACAUUUUUACUGGAUCAUGUGAUUUUGCAAGGUCUUGCCAAAUGGCCUAAUGAUCUCAUAAACUUUUUACGCAAGAUAAGUUUUGGCCAUCACAUUCACCAUGAUUUAACUAUCUAAGUGAAUCUGGAAACUAGACCUGUUUAAAAAAAAUCAAGACUCUGAACCUCCAUACAUUAUGCUAUUCCAAAUAUUCUGCGUUUUACUGACUCCAAAAUGACUCUUUACUGGCUAAACUAAAGUACACUAACCUCAAGUUUUACCUGAAUGUUUCUUUAAAGGCGGAGUGCACAAUGUUUGAAAGCCAAUGUUGAUAUUUGAAACCACCUAAACAAACACGCCCCAACCCCAAUAGAAUCUGGACCUGCUUUUAAAAGACCCGCCCCACACAUACGCAACCCGGCAAGGAUGUCGGUUAGUAGACACGCUCCUUACUGCUGAUUGGCUAUAAGUGUGUUUUGGUAGUCGGCCCGUCUCCUUUUCCAAAGCGUUUUUCAAACAUUGUGCCCUCCGCCUUUAAGUCCUCUAAUGUUUAUUUUGUUGAAGAGGGGGGCGUCUUAUUUGAAUUGCUCAUUUAUCAAGCAUUUAUUAUUCACAAAUGUUAACUUAUGUUGGUAGAAAUGUUAAUAGAAAACAUUUACGGAGUUUGUUACAAUUUGCAUACCCACAAUGAUGAAGUUUAAAAUGUGCAAUGUACAGUACUCAAUGUCAAAUGUACUACAUAACACGUCUAACCACCUCUUAAUUGUCCUCAAAGAUAUGUGGAUUUUGUAGUAUGUAUUAUGUUCAUAGCAUUACAUAUUAACAUGGCAUGUUGUUUUGGCAAGGAGUGGCAGCAUGUUUUUAGUAUUUAAUUUAUCCUAUGAAACUAUAUGCAGUGUUGCCAAUGACUUUUAGGAUUCACAAGUGCAAUAACAAUAGAAAUUUCCCUGAAAAUGUUUUUGAGUUUAUUCAUGCCCCCCCCCCGACAGAUUUUUUUAAAAUGAAUUUUUAUCUUCACAAUAUUUUCAUUUGCUUCUUGUUAAGUAAAAAGAAUAGAACUAGCAGUACUUGGGCGGGGGGAGUGCACUUUUAAACAUUGCUUUGUAGUUUUGAUCUUUUUGAAAUAGCUUGCUUUGCAACUUUAUAUUCCAAAGCAGUCUUUAUUAAUGUACAUUGCAUAAUUGCCAAUGGAUUGUCCACUGUGCUUAGUAAAUAGUUUAUCACUCCUAAACUUCACCUUUUAAUGUGCUUUAUGCCGUGUAAAACUAUCUUGAGAAGGAAAACAGUCCAACUAAUGUCAUGUUUUUAUUAUACUUAUUAAAGGACCUUUACAACAUAUGGAAAUGCAUUAGACUAGAUGUCUUAUUCAGUGUAUGUCUCGUACAAAGCCUGUGAUCCACACUAAUGCUACAUGGCCAAGUUCUUGAAUUGUUAGCCAGCUGAAAAGCACUUGCAUAGUCUUUCUGUCCUCUUGCUUGGGAGUGCAGGUUUUGCUUUUGAACGAAACUACAUGCUACACUUAAACUGGACAGUAUGCUGUCUGGUUUUGGUUUAUGUGGUCUUUAGAUUGAAGAACAAUGCCAACAGUCUUGGGCUGGCCCUAAGAAAGUUGUGAAAUGUACUUGUAGAUACCACACAUUGUGUAAAUUAAAUAAUAUGUAGUCUUUCAGACCUUUCUGACAAACAAUAUACACAAAAGUAGUAUAAGUAUAAUUUAACCUGAUCAUUUAAUUAUUUGUUUACCAUUUAGCUUUUCUCUUUCAUUAUUUUGUCAUGCAAUGAAGGCUUGAAAAUAGCCAUUUGUGAAUGUGCAAAAGGGAAAUGUCUUUAUUAAUAAUAAAAUUAUGCAAAAUCCA